GUUUCUUGAACAACAACUCCCAGGAUCAAUUGUAUCAGCAUUAGCGACUAGCUUUCUUCUGAUAAAGGAUUAAGAUGGCUACUAGUCAUGUUCGCUCGAUCAGCUUGCCCUCCAGAUCCCAUCCUCUGAAUGGAAGUGUUGAAGAUCAAUUGGAGAGGUUGAGAUCAUCACAAACAACUUCCACUUCUGCUUACCACAAAUUGAGUGGCCUCAAAGUUUUGUACGAGUGUGUUGAUGAUUUUCUUCAACUGCCUCUAUCCCAACAAAUCCUCUCCAAUGAACAACACAAAGAAGGGGCAGAAGAGGUGUUGAAUGGAUCUUUUCUCUUGUUGGAUGUGUGCAGCACCACCAGAGAUGCUUUUUCAUCAAUGAAGGAAUGCUUGCAGCAACUUGAAUCAUCCCUCAGAAGAAGAAAAGGUGGAGAAUCUGGCUUGGCAACUGAAGUUGAAGCCUAUAUGGUUUCUAGGAAACAAAUUAAUAAAACAAUCCGCAAAUGCUUUAGAAAUUUGAAGAGCGUGGAAAAGAAAAACCCUUCAGCAGUAGAUGCUGUCGGCAUGCUAAGAGACGUUAAGGAAAUAAGCCUUGAAAUUUUCCAAUCUCUCUUGUCCUUGGCUUCUCAGCCAAAGGCAAGAUCAAGCUCCCAUGGCUGGUCUGUCGUUUCAAAAUUAUUUCAAUCCAAGAGUGUAUCAUGCGAAGGCGAAGCCACAGAAUUGGAAAAGAUAGAUGCUGAAUUGCUUGUCCUGAAGUCAAGCAAAGACAUCAAUCCUGUACAAGUGCAAAAUGUAUUGAAAGGACUCGAGGCAUUAGAGUCCAGCUUUCAGGAAGCAGAGGAGGAGUUGGAGGGAGUUUACAGGAAGCUAGUGAAAACCAGAGUCUCAAUUCUCAACACUCUCAGCCACUAGUCGAUGCUCUUCUCAAGAUGAGACAGUUUUGCCUUCACAAUCCUUCAAAACAAUUUUGCCAUAAGUGUAAAUAUACAAAAAAUAGACAGGUGUAUAUUAAAAUCAAUAUGAAUAUACCACAGCGUUCAAUAUCCAAA